UUGAGAUCUAUCGUCAGAAAUUAUUCAAAUAUAUCAUCUUCUGGUGAAACCCCAACGGCUGUGGAAGCUGAUAGAAAACACUACCUUCACUGACAGCAUAGGCACCCUUUCCCUCUUCUGCAUUAUUUGCAUCAUAGGACACCCUGAACAUUGGUACAGUUUCUGAAUUGAGGGUGCUCCAAAUGGCAAGCCGUUGCUUAACAAAUGAGUAUUUUGACUCUUUGCUACAGUCUUGUCAGUCUUGUCUUCUGAGAUGUACAAAAACGCCGCCGAUUCCAUGUCGAAGCUACUGUGCAGGCAGUAUCAUUACAACUGUGACUGUACCUGCGAAGGAUUCAAACUGGAUUCUUUGGAUUUUAAUCAUUUUUUUAUUAGCUUUGAUACCAGCUAUAGCCUUGAUAACCAUUGCUCUUACAAAGCAGAUGAAAAAAUCAAGACAUACAACAGCUCAUCGAGAUUCCGUCACAGAGGACAAAGGCAACAAUAAUAAUGAUGCUGAAUACAGGAUAAAAGAAGCAAUCCAGGAGGCCAAGUCCAACAACGAACUCUCAUUGCCUAAGUGGUACAGUGAAGUAGUGGAAGAUCACGUGUGUGAUAUUUGUGACAGGACUUUAUCUGACUAUGUCUUUCCUUUGCCGGCUAUAGAGGAAGGAGCUGCUAUUCUUGUAACCACAAAAACAUCUGCUUGUUUUGCUACAGAGGCAGGUGUGGGGGUCGAUGCUUUUGUGGAAAUGGAACAAAUACAAUUUCCUAUUCUGGAUGGAGAAAAUAGUCAUGUGAAUAGAAUAUAACAGUGUAUCUUUAGUAUAUAAGGUGCUAAAGGGGAAGCUAAUACUGUAUCAACAGAUGAUAUUAAGCUCAGUUAUUAUAACAUUUUUGCUCCUGAAUGUACAUUAACAAGAAAGGCAAAUGUUAGCUUAUAGAUGUAAACAAUAUUUCAAAAAAGAGAUGUGAGUGCCUCCGGCAAUAACAAAUGAAUCAAUUAAAAAUU